UCAGUCGCUGAGUGAGCCGCAGUCUCUUAGAGCACCAAGGUGUUUCGGUCGCCCGCGGCCAGCCUCGCCCGCAAACCCGGUGUUGUUGGGCUGCAUCCCGAGCGGGGACGUUGGCGGAGCACGGGAAGCGGCCACCAUGCCGAUCAAUAAAUCUGAGAAGCCAGAAAGCUGCGAUAAUGUGAAGGUUGUUGUUAGGUGCCGGCCCCUCAAUGAGAGAGAGAAAUCAAUGUGCUACAGACAGGCCGUCAGCGUGGAUGAGAUGAGGGGAACCAUCACCGUCCAUAAGACCGAUUCUUCCAAUGAACCUCCAAAGACAUUUACUUUUGAUACUGUUUUUGGACCAGAAAGUAAACAACUUGAUGUGUAUAACUUAACUGCAAGACCUAUUAUUGACUCUGUUCUGGAAGGCUACAAUGGGACCAUUUUUGCAUAUGGACAGACUGGGACAGGCAAGACUUUCACCAUGGAAGGUGUCCGUGCUGUGCCAGGGCUCAGAGGAGUCAUCCCCAACUCAUUUGCUCACAUAUUUGGUCACAUUGCAAAAGCAGAGGGAGACACAAGGUUUUUGGUUCGAGUGUCAUACUUGGAGAUAUAUAAUGAAGAAGUUCGAGAUCUUUUGGGCAAGGAUCAGACACAACGGUUAGAGGUUAAAGAAAGGCCUGAUGUGGGAGUGUAUAUCAAAGAUUUAUCAGCUUAUGUGGUCAAUAAUGCUGACGAUAUGGAUAGAAUCAUGACACUAGGCCACAAAAAUCGUUCUGUUGGUGCAACUAACAUGAAUGAGCACAGUUCAAGGUCCCAUGCCAUUUUUACAAUUACUAUAGAGUGUAGCGAGAAAGGUGUUGAUGGAAACAUGCAUGUCAGGAUGGGGAAGCUCCAUCUUGUGGAUCUCGCUGGGUCAGAAAGACAAGCGAAAACUGGAGCCACGGGACAGCGCCUCAAGGAAGCUACAAAAAUCAACCUUUCACUUUCCACCCUGGGCAAUGUCAUCUCUGCCUUGGUGGAUGGAAAAAGCACGCAUGUGCCAUAUCGGAACUCUAAACUGACGCGUCUUCUGCAGGAUUCCUUGGGAGGGAACUCAAAAACCAUGAUGUGUGCAAAUAUUGGGCCAGCAGAUUAUAAUUACGAUGAAACCAUCAGUACCUUGCGGUAUGCCAACCGAGCCAAGAACAUUAAAAACAAAGCGAGAAUUAAUGAAGACCCUAAGGACGCUCUGCUUCGUCAGUUCCAGAAAGAAAUAGAAGAGCUGAAGAGAAAGCUUGAGGAAGGGGAAGAAGUUUCAGGCUCUGACGUCAGUGGGUCGGAGGAGGAUGAUAAUGAGGAGGGUGAACUUGGAGAAGAUGGAGAGAAAAGGAAGAAGAGAAGGGGCAGUAGCAGCAGCAGUAGCUCAGACUCCACAUGUUCUGUCAUAGAGAAGCCUCUGGAUGAGUUCUUGCCUCACCAAGCAGGUAAAAAGAAAGUUUCCCCAGAUAAGAUGGUGGAAAUGCAAGCGAAAAUUGAUGAGGAGAGAAAAGCAUUGGAAACAAAACUUGACAUGGAAGAAGAAGAAAGAAACAAGGCUAGAGCUGAACUGGAGAGACGGGAGAAGGACCUUCUGAAAGCCCAACAAGAGCACCAGUCUUUGCUGGAAAAACUCUCUGCUUUGGAGAAGAAGGUCAUUGUUGGUGGUGUGGACUUGUUGGCCAAAGCUGAGGAGCAAGAGAAGCUUCUUGAGGAGUCCAAUAUGGAGCUGGAGGAGAGGAGGAAGAGAGCUGAGCAACUUCGGAAAGAACUCGAGGAGAAAGAGCAAGAACGCUUGGACAUUGAGGAAAAAUAUACCAGUCUGCAAGAGGAGGCGCAGGGAAAGACCAAGAAAUUAAAGAAAGUCUGGACCAUGCUGAUGGCUGCAAAGUCAGAGAUGGCUGAUCUCCAGCAAGAGCAUCAGAGAGAAAUUGAAGGCCUCCUGGAGAACAUUCGGCAGCUCAGCCGUGAGCUUCGGCUUCAGAUGCUCAUUAUUGAUAACUUCAUACCUCAGGAUUACCAGGAAAUGAUUGAAAACUAUGUCCACUGGAAUGAAGACAUAGGAGAAUGGCAGCUGAAAUGUGUGGCCUACACAGGAAAUAACAUGAGGAAACAAACCCCAGUGCCUGACAAGAAGGAGAGAGACCCUUUUGAAGUAGAUCUUUCCCACGUGUACCUCGCCUAUACAGAGGAGAGUCUGCGUCAGUCUUUGAUGAAGCUAGAAAGGCCACGGACCUCCAAGGGGAAAGCAAGGCCAAAGACUGGGAGAAGAAAGCGUUCUGCAAAGCCUGAGACCGUAAUUGAUUCUUUACUUCAGUAAAUGUUACAGAAUUAAGGUUACAAUAAAAAAGAGCGAUAUUCUCAUGCCUGGACAGACAUCCUUAAUUAAGACACUGAGGACACCUGUGUAAUUCAUAGAAUGUAAGCUGUAAAUUAUGGAGUGAGACUGGAAAUAGUAAUUUUCCUAAUAACUCUUAGACUCUUAAGUUUCUGUAACAUGUGUGCAUAGGUCAUGACUGUUGGGGAUGCCACACUGUGCAGCAAUGCUCUGUGGAAGGCAGGGCGCAGUUCUUACAGAACAUUGUGGUUGUAUGUGAAUGUGUGUCUCUUAGCUUUGUACUCAACUAUUGUGUAUCUAGAUAAGCAGAAUCUCAGAGUAGAAGAAAGUCUGUCUCGUUUGCACACAGUGCAUAGCAGAUCACCUUGUCCUGUGUCAAAUGCCUGGGGGCUCAUCUAAACAGUAACUUCUCCUAAUACCUGACAGGCCUGUCUCAAUGCAUUCUGACUUUAUACUGAUGUUUGUGCAUUUAGGUAUGAGAUGACUGUAGAAAUGUAUAAUUUGACAGCUUUGCAGGUCUGCAUUCUAAAGGUACAGUUUGAGCAUGUGCUUCAUCUGGCCACCCUCUACCCUCCACCAGUUUCUCUCACCCUAACCCCACCCACAUUAGCCUUUCUUGUUGUUGCUGGCUUGGUUUCCCUCCCAAAGCUAACACUGACCACCUACCCUUGCUCACACACGUUUUUAAAGGUUUCCCUGGACGUACGGCUUACAGACACUCUAUUGCUGCAUUUUAAGUUUUGAUGGAAAUGACUGUAUACAAAUUGAAACCAGUCUCAUUUUUCAGAAAAUGAAGCUAAACCAGAAGAAUACCUUUGAAUUUUCUUUAUAGCAUUUACAUAUAUAGAAAAUACUGUUCUGAGUUUCUUCUGUUGAUUAAUCCACUUAGGCCAUAUUCCUCUCCGAAAAAGUUAUAUUCAAUAUAUAGUAAAAUAAGUUAUAAUAAAUUUUUAUAAUAAAUGUUUUUACUUUU